AAGAAAGCCACAAUGUUUGUUGUACACAAUUCAUUCGGUAUCUUAGAUUAUGUUGUAUUUGCGGCUACCUUAGUGGUAGCCAUGGGCAUCGGGUUAUGGUUUGCUGUCAGAGGCGGAGGACAAAAGACUCAAGAUGAGUAUCUCAAGGCCAGCAGAAGCAUGUCUGUCGUACCUGUGGCCAUUUCUAUCCUGGUAUCAUUCUUUUCUGCCAUUUUGAUUCUGGGAACGCCAGCAGAGAUGUACACGCAGGGGACAGAAUUUUAUAUCUAUACUCUUGGUAUGAUACUUGGAAUUAUUCUUGCCUCAGUGCUGUUUGUCCCGCUUCUCUACCCACUCAAACUGACUAGCGUAUUCGAGUAUUUAGAAAUCAGGUUCCGGUCCAGGACUGUGAGGCUAAUUGGAACACUAAUGAUGUUUACCAACCAGAUUUUGUACAUUGGUGUUGCAUCCUUUGCUCCUGCUAUAGCUUUUGAAGCUGUCACAGGUAUUCCAGUUUGGGCGACACUAGUCACCACAGGAUCUGUGGCAACUAUUUACACCACCAUAGGUGGAAUAAAAGCCGUGAUAUGGACAGAUGUGUUUCAGGCAUUGAUUAUGAUGGCUGGAAUAAUGUCUAUUUUAAUACAGGGAACAAUAAAAGUUGGAAGCUGGUCACGAGUCUGGGAAAUAAGCCAAAAAUGGGAGAGAAUCAAAUUUUUCAACUUCGAUCCAGACCCAAGAGUAAGACACACCUUCUGGAAUUUAGUUUUGGCACAGAUAUGUAUGUCUUGUAGCAUCUAUGGAAUCAGCCAGCCGAGCGUACAAAGAUACAGCAGUCUACCCACGAUACGACACGCCACACAGUCUGUCCUGCUCAACAUCAUUGGAGUGUUUCUAUUGUUGACACUGACCUGUAUGUCUGGACUCGCACUCUUCGCCUUCUACGCAGAUCAGAACUGUAACCCUCUGGGUCAGAGUCUAGUCAGUAACCCUAACCAGCUUGUACCCUACUUCGUAAUGGAAAACUUGGGGUAUCCCGGCAUCCCGGGUCUAUUUAUAGCAUGCUUGUUUUCUGGUGCAUUAAGUUCUGUUUCUUCAUCUCUGAAUGCACUUGGAGCCAUUACCUGGGAGGACAUCUUAAAGCCACGAUUUGAGAAAACCCUAACUGAGUCACAGAAAACAUUUGUGACCAAAAUUAUCGUUCUCAUCUUUGGAGUUGUUUCAAUAGGAAUUAGUUUUCUAGCUACACAAUUGGAAGGAUCGGUUGUCCAGAUAUCGUUAAGCCUGACAGGUGCUACUAGUGGACCACUGACUGGGAUGUUUUUCCUUGGAGCUCUCUUCCCCUGGACAAACAGCUACGGAGCCAUCUCUGGCGCUUUGGUUGGCUUCGCUCUCACCUCUUGGAUGUCUAUUGGCUCUUUCGUAAAUGGGGUUCGUCUGCCCUUCAAACCUUUUCCAAACGGCACCUGCCCAUCAGUGAAUGUCGAUACUUUUCAAACUACAAUUAUGUCUCAUCUGACACACGUGACGACAACUGCUGCCACUGUUUCUAAGGCUCUACAGUCGAAUGCACUCAACACAAGAUCAGCCUUGGACGACUUCUAUUCGGUUUCAUAUGCCUGGUUUCCAACUGUUGGAAUGUCAUUGACCAUCGUGGUUGGUCUGGUGGUUAGUUUUAUCACAGGUCCUAACAAGUUGAACGAUGUCCCUACCAAGUAUGUCAUCCCACUGGCAGAUAGGCUGUGCUGCUUUUGUCCUGCACGUUGGAGGUUCUGGCUGAACUGCAAGAGAGAAUUUAGGAAACCAGAGGUUUGUGGUUUUUUUUUUACAAAAUUAUAUAAGCUCACUCUGUCUGUCUGGUUGAAGGUUUGAACACGUUAUUUCUCCCACACCCAUUCUCGGAUAAA